AUGGAAGCAACCCCUGUCAAGCCCAAUAUUGGCGCCACAGUCCCUGACGUGGUCGCCGUUGGCAAAGCCAAUGAAUCACAGAGAAGCUGGCUUGAAAAGCAAAAGAUCAAUCGCAAGGACCGUAUUCAUCUCAAGAAGCUGUCUCACAUGCGAUACCAACACCCCGACCUUGAAGAGACGCACCGUUUUAUGACCCAUUUUGGGAUGCAGGUUGCAAAAAAGGUCAAAGAUGAGAUUUGGUACCGGGGAUACGGGUCUGAUCAGUAUGUCUACUAUGCGCGGAAGGGGCCGAAGCAGUUCCUAGGUGGCACAUUUGAGGCGCUAAGCCAAGAAGACUUCAACAAAGCAGCGAGUCUGCCGACAGCCAGUCCAGUACAGGACCUCAGCGAUGCCCCCGGUGGAGGCUUUCUAGUGACCAUCACCGACCCCGAAGGAUUUCCCUUCAACGUGGCUUUCGGACAGAAGCCUAUAGACGCAGGGGUAAAGCAUCCGGAACAGGUCGUGCUCAACUACACCGGUGACAAAGCCCGCCGUCGCGAGUUCAACCGGUUUGAGCCAGGACCAGCAGGUGUCCACAAACUCGGCCAUUUUGGAUUAUGCACACAGCAGUUUGACGAAUUAGUCAAGUUCUACACAUCCACCUUCAACCUUGUGCCUACCGACCUGCUAUACAUCGAAAAGGACGGCCACAAGAAAAACGUGAGCAUGUUCGCUCACAUCGAUCUAGGCGAUACUCUCACAGACCACCACUCGUUCUUCUUGAGUGCGAGUCCCGGUGGUGCACAUGUCCAUCACUGCUCCUUCGAGGUCCAUGAUUUCGACACCCAGCAUCUGGGCCACCAGUGGCUUGCCCAGAGGGGAUACAAUUCUGUCUGGGGCAUUGGCCGACAUGUGCUUGGAUCGCAGAUUUUCGACUAUUGGUGGGAUACUACUGGCAAUAUGAUUGAGCAUUAUGCCGAUGGUGAUUUGGUGAAUAGGGAUACCCCGAUUGGGUAUGUGCAGGCUGGGAGUGAGUCCCUUGCUGUGUGGGGGCCCGAGGUGCCUGCGACAUUCUUGGAGUAG